AUCUUCAGUUGGUCUUCGUUGGCCAUUGAGAAAGGUCGCAUAUAACUCUCUUUGGGUAAGCUCAACAGCAACGAGUAGCUUUUCUCCGCUCCAAACGAGCGAAACUGUUAAAGUCUAAUUCGCGCGAAAGAAAGUGGUUGUAGUGUGUACGGGAGCGGGUACGGAAAAAGAAAGUCGGAUCGCUGCCACCACGACGAUCGACAAGCCGAGUCUCGAGCCAAGUGGUGUGGUCGCGGUGGCGUGAGCCGUGUGUUGUUGAUGGAGAAAUGAGCCACAAUCCACAAGUCAUAGAGGAAUCGGGUGGUUGGUUGAUAUAGUGUAGUUGUAGCUUACCAUUGCCAAGGCUGCCAGCUGCCAGUUCAAACUGUUUUCGGCCGUUUCGCGGACUGGUUGGUACUUUCUAUUUUGCUCUCGCUCGAGCUGGCGCAGGGAUUCGAGCUGCGCUUCAGACGUAUCGCUUGCGGUGUGUGCCUCGGUGCGCUCGUACGCUUGCGGUUUUUGGCCGCGUUACAAAAACGAAACGCAGCAGAAGCGAAUAGCAACGGAUUGUUUGCAAAUGCUAAUUAUUAAAAUUUCUCAACUUUCCUAACGUCAUAGUGUCUGGCAUCGGGCUAUCGCAGCCAUUGGAUAGGUCAUAACAGUGAGUGAUAAUCGUCGCACUUCGGUAGAUUAUUAGCCAGUGUUGUCUAGUAAAGUUUUGACGAAACAGUACCGGGUCGAUAAGCGCGAGUUUUUAUCGUUGUUGGGAGAAGGACCCUACCGAGAAAAGCAAAGCAAAUGCUUUAAAAAGUUCAAGGUUUUUUCUUCGCUUGGAAUCCGGUCUCGUAACGUUUGUGGAGAAAGUGUGUAAUGUUUAUCUUUUGUUUCAUCUCAGUGCUCGUCCUGUGCGUGGUCACGAUUCUCAAUGGAAUUGAUUAAAAACAAAUAAAAACCGGAGAACAUUCCGACUAUCUAACCACGUAAACCGGAAGGAGUGAUAUAUCGCCACGGCGAAAGGUCUCAACAACGACCAGGACCCAGCCGGUCAGCAAAACAAAAGGGACGUGGGCCUUUUGUUUAAAGUUGUGAUCGAGAGUGAAAAUAAAACGCAAAUAUUCGUGUGCACGGUGAAGGAUAUUUAUUUGCGGCAGCAUGGGGUUCAACUUGAAGCAGCUUCGGCAGCCGAGAGCAGUGGCACUGAUAGUGUCGUUUCUCGUCAUUGCCGGAGCAUUUUUGGAUUCCGCGGAUGGGAUGAGCUUAACCAGCGAAAGAGAAAGUCGAAGGUUAUUCGGAGGCUAUCGAAUAACGCCCAAAUUUUGCAACGCCACAAGGUCCCUUCUAAAACGAGACUCAGAGCGACGUGGUCCAACUAUUUGCAUGUUCAAUCAUGAGUGCUUCCAGCGGCAGGGUGAAGUGGUUGGAGCCUGCAUGGACGGUUUUCUGUUCGGAACAUGCUGCGAGCUACCGCUUACCAGUGACGUCGCCAUGGUGACCGAUUCGCUGAUGGAGCAGUUCGGAACAGAAAUGACCGAAAGCACACCGCAAUCACCGCUUAAUUUCGCCAUUGCCAGUCAGUACGAAAAAUUUGGUAGCCAACAAUCGGCAGCAGGAUCUGGGUACGGUUCAAUUGCUUACGAACCAGUGAAAUUAGAAGAAAUACCCACCAGAAACACAAACGAUAGUGAAGCAAAAAAGCCAAGUGCAGCUCCGAGCGGAAAACCGGUGUUCAACAAAUUGCAAAAUAAUUAUAUCGGAAAUGAUGACCUGGACGAAGAUAUUGUACAAAAUAGUCUUCAUAAGCACAAAUACGAACUGGAUAACAACGCCGUUUCCAUAUACUCUCCGUCUACGUCCAACAUCAUUAAAACCGAGGAAAUCGAAAUCGCGACCACGGUUACUCCACCACCAAUUGUACAGAACAGUGAAAACUUCGUAAAGGUUGAAGCAGACAACCAUCACAGCGUCUACAGCUCCGAGAUACCUACUUCCCUAAAUGCCUAUAAUGACCCUUUUUUCAGUGGCUUUAGUGCUCCGGAAGCACCCACUGAGACGAACACCGACUUUACCUCAGCUGGUGUUCAAAUGAUCGCGAACCAAAUCUACCAGGAAAAUGAAUUGUUCGAUCACAGUGACAUUACUCAUCCGGAAGCCGAAACGUUUCUCGUGAAUGAAAAUGGAACCAUCGAUCAGAGCUACGCAGAUCCCAAUGACUUUACCAACCACGAAUUCGUAACAGAUCUGCUAACCACCGAAAAACCUUUCAAAGUGACUUACGCAAAGCCGCAGUUCAAGCCAAAACCCAAACCAACGCCAGGAACUGAAGCAAACAAUUACAUACUUGUACAUACUAUUUCUACUGACUCCGAAGACAACGAAAACCAAACUUCGAAACCAACUGUUUCGGUACAUAAUAUUCAUUCAAUCGAAUCCAUCAUACUCAUGCUGAACGAAACAAAUCUUGGACCACAGUACGAAACUGAUAACGAUAACAAUGACAAAAAACACGAUAACAAAACUCAGGUGACCAAAAUCGAAAACGUUACUUUAGCACAAACCACAUACGAGACAACUUCUCCGGAAACUUUUGCCACACCCUCUGCCGAAUAUGAAAAAUAUGAACCUACAACUCUCUAUGCUACAAAACCACAGACAAUCAACACUGAAUAUGAAAAAUAUGAGCCGACCACUCUCUACGCUCCAAAACCACAGAAAACCAACACUCCUAAUGUCACGAAAGUUCCCUCGACUAGUUAUGUGCCGAGUACGAAACCUACACGCCGGCCCAUUCUAGAACCAGUUGUAGUCCAAGCUACUCUUUUGACCAGUGGCUACGGAUCAACUGCCGUAACUCAGAAAGAACCAGUUGUCUCCGUAUCCACGUCUCGUCCACCACCGACUAAACUCGUUGUCACUGCUGGUCCCUCGAAUCGUCCAUCCAUCAUCACCAGCGAACCAGAAGAAUCUCUGUCAUCGGGUUAUUAUACCAUCUCAACCAGUGCUCCUUCAGCACCGGCCUACAGCCAACCUCCUACAGUCCAACCGACUAAAAAAGUAACAACAGUACCAACCAAGCGUCGUCCGCCAUCGACAACUGUGAAACUUCCAGAAUACAUCGUACAAUCUUCGACCUUAUCCCACCAGUCACCGUCUACCCUAUCAAAUGUUAACUAUGUGCAAAUUUCGGGUGCUUCUGAAAAUCCAUCCCCAACCGUGCAUAUAACACCAAAGCCUGUACCUGGUCUCGUAACCUCUAGCACCUGGAGCAAUAAAUUGACUAGCUCCGCCGGAAACCAACGACCUAGCUUCUACGAAAAUACUCCACCACCGGUUUAUGUUUCAUCACUCGCCGAUUUCGAGGAUGAAGGCUAUUUCGGAGUCACUCAACGACCCGUUACGAGACCAUCAAUUUCUUCGACUUCAGUGUAUACUAUCGUUGACAACAAUAUUAUAAGCAACUUUGCGACAUCCACAUACUCCCCAUAUGGACCAACACCGAAUUAUCAAACGAUGACCCGUAUUCCCGCGCAAUCACCGCCUAACAUCAUUUACAUGGAAUCCACGACGUUGAAGAACGAACUGUACACCACCCCGGAUGACAUCAAUAACUUCCCACCUGUUCGAAACCCCAACCUAAACCUGACGGAUACUAUGAUGGGUAACAUGACCAAAAUCGAAAACAGUGGAAUCAAGGAUGAUAAAGUUAACAUGCUGGUGAACAAAAUCGUAGAAACAUUUAACGGUAACUUUGAAGAACUGGAAGCAAUUCUCAAGGAAAGAAAGAACAUAACGUUGAACGCACAAUCAGCGUCCAAUGCGGAAAAGAAUAAGACGACUACACGCAAGCCGGUUACCAAGAAAAAGAAGAAGCGCCCCAGUGGUAGCAAAAAACCCUCCAAUGGAACAUCAACAUCAACGAACUCAUCGAAGAAACCUACCACCGCUAAACCAACGGUAAUCCAGCAGGACACUGCUUCGCAGACCACCAUCAAGCCGAAACCAUCCAAAAAGCCAAGCAAGAAGCGACCCAGCAAUUCCACCAAACCAACUUCAUCAUCCGCGUCAAAGCCCGGCGUAACACCCACCACGCUUUCCGAUACAACGAAACCGGCAAAACCAUCCAGCUCGAAACCAAAACCAUCUAGCUCGUCAACGCGCCCGAAACCUACCAGCAGCACCUCGGGCUCGAAACCCUCCGCGGACGAAAGCAAACCUCCAGCGACUACGAAGAAACCGAACCGCACCUCCACCUCGAAGAAACCCUCCAAGAAGCCCACCAGCCGACCGACGCUAGCCGACACGGAACCAGUGACGGUAAUUACGACCCGCAAACCGACCAAGGCGACAAAGCGUACCACUAAGCGACCUACGACUACGACUACUAGCACCACUACUACGACGACGGCCCCGGAAGAUGAGAUUAUCGAGGAAGAGGAGGAAACCGUGGACGAGGAAGAGGAAGAGGAGGACGUUGGAGAGGAAACGAACGAAACGAUUGAAGGCCAGGCGCAGGGGACACGGAAAAUACUUUGCGGUCAGCGGCCACUGAUGAAAAGCGCUCGCGUCGUCGGUGGAAAAGCGGCCAAGUUCGGCGAGUGGCCCUGGCAGGUGUUGGUACGAGAAUCGACCUGGCUCGGACUGUUCACCAAAAACAAGUGCGGCGGAGUGCUGAUCACGAAUGAGUACGUCAUCACGGCUGCUCACUGUCAACCGGGUUUUCUCGCAUCCCUGGUGGCGGUAUUCGGAGAGUUUGACAUCUCGAGCGACCUGGAAACGAAACGGUCUGUCACGAAGAACGUCAAGCGAGUGAUCGUACACCGGCAGUACGACGCGGCAACCUUCGAGAACGAUCUUGCCAUACUGGAACUGGAGAGUCCUAUACAUUACGAUGUACACAUAGUGCCAAUUUGCAUGCCAGCUGACGAAGCUGACUUCACCGGCCGAAUGGCAACGGUAACCGGUUGGGGACGGUUGACGUACGGUGGUGGAGUGCCUUCGGUACUACAAGAAGUUCAGGUUCCAGUGAUAGAGAACAGUGUCUGUCAAGAGAUGUUCCACAUGGCGGGACACAACAAGAAGAUCCUGCCGUCGUUCGUUUGUGCUGGUUACGCGAACGGCAAGCGAGACUCCUGCGAGGGUGACAGUGGCGGUCCACUUGUGCUUCAGCGUCCGGACGGCCGCUACGAACUGGCCGGCACCGUGUCCCACGGCAUUCGAUGUGCUGCUCCGUACCUGCCGGGAGUGUACAUGCGAACGACUUUCUACAAACCCUGGCUACGAAGUGUCACCGGCGUAAAGUAGGCGUUCAGCGAUUGAGGAAACGGCCUCUUCCCAUCCCUUUCCCCCUCUUCAAGGUGUUUAUUUAGUUUGUACUGGCGUGGGUAUGCGAGCCAGAGGUGCGUGCGAGAGACAGAGAAAAAGUGCGAACGAACGAGUCACUAGCAAAAUUUCUUAGAUAGUUACGUUUUAGGGAACAAAUUGCAAUAAUUUAUCUAGCGAGUAGAUGGAUGUGAUUUGGAGUCAUUGUUAAGAUUAAUUUAUUAUUGUUGUUAGUUAUUAAAUUAUUUAUUUAUUAGAAGGUAAGUGAACAGAACAAAUGCAUCAGAUGAACAGUAGAAUGAAGGCGAGGUGUAAAAAUGUGAUUAUUUUAAUUUA